AUGGUUUCCCUUAGUUUCCUCACCCUCUCCUCUCUCCUCCUUCUUUGCUUAUCCUCGGCUUCUGCAACUGUCGAGGAUGAUCGAAAGGCGUACAUCGUCUAUAUGGGAGCUCUCCCUUCUGACAGUCAAUAUUCAGCUACGUCUCACCAUCAACACAUCCUUCAACAAGUUACCAGUUCUGUUGAAAACUCAUUGGUCAGAAACUACGGAAGGAGUUUCAAUGGCUUUGAGGCGAAGCUGACUGAAUCCGAAAGAGAGAAGCUUUCUGCCAUGGAAGGAGUAGUCUCAAUAUUUCCGAGCAAGAAGUUAGAUCUUCAUACGACGAGAUCUUGGGAUUUCAUGGGGUUUGGCGAUGAAUUCAAACAUAACCCCGAGGCCGAGAGUGAUAUUGUCGUCGGGGUUAUCGACGGUGGGAUAUGGCCCGAGUCCAAGAGCUUUUCAGACAAAGGCCUCAGCCCUCCCCCCGCAAAAUGGAAGGGCGUUUGCAAAGGAGGAUCGAACUUCACCUGUAACAACAAGUUGAUCGGAGCGAGGUUUUACGUCAGUGAAUCAGCUCGGGACUUCAAAGGUCACGGAACACACACUUCUUCAAUUGCUGUAGGGAGCAAAGUAGAAGGCACAAGCUUCUACGGGAUAGCAAACGGAACGGCGAGGGGAGGUGUCCCUUCGGCCAGAAUCGCUAUGUACAAAGUCUGCACCGGUCCAAUGUGUGAUACUGGAGCGAUCUUGGCGGCUUUUGACGAUGCUAUAGCUGACGGCGUCGACGUUAUUACCAUUUCCAUGGGAGGAUCCCCUGCUCCUUUGGAAUCUGACCCGAUCUCUAUCGCGGCUUUUCACGCAAUGGAGAAAGGUAUUUUGACCGUAAACUCGGCGGGAAAUACCGGCCAGAGGCAAGAAUCGACCGGUAGUACCUCUCCGUGGGUUCUAACCGUCGCAGCGAGUACAACGGAUCGUAAAUUUGUCACCAAGGUUGCCCUUGGAAAUGGCAAAGAACUAUCUGGAACUUCGAUCAACAGUUUCAAACUAAACGGAACAAAUUUUCCGUUCUCUUACGGAAAAUCCGGUUCGAGAUCUUGCAGCGAGGAAGAUGCCAGGAGAUGCAAACCGGGAUGCAUCGAUCUGUCACUGGUUGGAAAGAUUCUGGUGUGCGAUGAGUCGCUCCUAGGAACCGACCUCAUAUCUUCUAAAGCUAUCGGAGCCAUCAUUCAGGGAAAAGUUUCACAUCCUGUUAUUAACAGAAGAAUUCCCGUCGCAUUCGUGCUUCAAGAUCAGUACUCAUUGCUUCUAUCUUACAUCAAUUCGACAACGAAACCAGAAGGAACUAUACUGAAAACUGAGACGACAAACGGUGCCGAUGCUCCUGUUAUUGCCCCUUUCUCUUCUCGUGGUCCGAACACUAUAUUAGGUGAUAUCUUGAAGCCCGAUAUAAUGGCUCCAGGAGUGAAUAUACUCGCGGCUUAUUCGCCUUUUGCUCCCCUGGUAUCCACAGACGACGAUGGACGGCGUUCCUCGUACAAUUUCUUGUCCGGAACAUCCAUGUCUUGUCCUCACGUAGCUGGCGUCGCGGCUUAUCUCAAGACCGUCUACCCGAAAUGGUCCCCGUCCGCUAUCCAAUCCGCGAUCAUGACAACUGCUUGGCCGAUGAACGCUUCGAUCAGCGAAGACGCGAACGAAUUCGCGUACGGAUCGGGACAUCUGAACCCGACAAAGGCAGCGGAUCCGGGACUUGUCUACGAAACAACGGGAGAUGACUACUUAAAGAUGCUUUGUUCGGCGAAUUACACUGCCAUCCAGCUUAAAGUCAUCGCGGGAAGAGCCGUGAGUUGUCCGAAAGGACUGAACUUGAUGAUUAAAGAUCUCAACUACCCCUCGAUGAGCGCUAGAUUCAAUUCGUCAUCAAAGCCUUCGGAAAUCACGUUUUCGAGAACUGUAACCAAUGUCGGGCCGGCAAGCUCGACGUACAAGGCGAAAGUGGUAUCUGCUGCUUCGGAUCUAAAGGUCGAGAUCGAGCCCAACACCCUGUCUUUUAAAUCGGUCGGCGAGAAAAAGCCGUUCACUGUUAAGGUUUCGGGGAUUAGUUCGGCGGAUUUCCAGUCGGCAACUCUGGUCUGGUCGGACGGUUCUCGUACUGUCAGAAGUCCCAUUGUCAUAUCUUCUUAGUG